GCUUAACAUCCAUUGCUGGGAGAUCUCUUCGAGUGCGCUUUCUCGAUGGUCUGGGUUUGUCUUUGCAGCACAAGCAGUUGCACGGCUGCCCAGGACAUCUCUCUCAGCCAUAUAACGCUUCCUGAGGAAAAGCAUUCGAGUCGCAGUCCAACUAGCAGCUGCACUUCGGAAUAAUAAACUCGCAGACAUAUUAAUAUGAUAGCAUACUGCGCUUAGCCUGUUCUGGGAACCGAGGCCUUUUGCGCGCCUCGCCGGUUUCCUCCGCACUGACUGCACUUGUUAACUUCUUCAACUGAUCAGUACUGACAGAUCUAUACCCCCUUCUGCUCCCAUGCCAGAUCCGCCACCUUACUACCUGUUGCGUCCCGAUGGAACACCCCUGAGUGACCCUGUUAUUGGCAAGGGUAGCUCUGGGGUGGUAGUGCAACGAGACGGGACUGCAGUCAAACUGCCGCUUAGAUACUGUAUCCUCGAGGGCGGCGAAACAGAGAGAGAAGCCCUAGAGCAUAGUUCCUACAAGUCACAGGAGUCUAUUAAACAAGAGAAAAAUGUGUUCGAACGGCUGGGACAAUGCGACGGCGUGGUCCAAUAUCUCGACAUUUCUGGUCCCGGAAUCCAAAUGAAGUUGAUGGAGAAUGGCAGCCUUCCCAAUUACCUACGGAGAAACACACCAACUACUUCGCUUUUGCUAUCUUGGGCCAGAGAAAUGCUUCGUGGACUGAUCCUCAUCCAUGAGCGCCGUGUCAUUGUGGCGGACAUUACGGCUCGAAACUUCCUCCUAACCGGUGAUCUUUCAGUCAAGUUCACGGGCUUUUCUGAAUCGGCUAUUUUGCCUCUCGACACUGAUAUGAAUACUGCUGUUGCCGGCAAUGGGUAUUCUAUUCGUACAGAUAUCGGUCUGCUUGGUGCUGUUAUAUAUGAGGUGAUAACUGGCAGACGCUCUCGUUUUGACCUCUUUAAAUACCAGACUUCUGAGCCUGCCACUGUUGCUCUUCCCCCAAGGGAACGGCUCCCUAGCACGAAAAAUAUUUUGCUUGGUGAAUUCAUUGAUAAAUGCUGGACCAAUGGUUCUUUUGAAGACGAAUUUGCUCUCUUAUCGUCACUGGACUCAGCCAUCCUGAGACAUUCAUUGGAGGCGGACAAAGACAUUUACUCGCGCCUAGGAUCUCACAGAACUGUAGCAGCCAGCGCGGUGUUGCCAUGCUUAUCCCUUGAUACAGUUAUUCUGCAGCAAAAGAAACCUGACUGGGCCCAGCGAUUAACUUGGAUCAGAGAGGCGGCGAACGCAGUCGCCUAUGCGCACUCAAAGAACGUCAUCCUUGCCAAUGUUUCUGCAUCAAACUUUGCUGUUGAUAGCAAUGGAUCGCUGAGAUUGUACAACUUUAGCGAUGCCCGCACUGUAUCCGAGAAUGGAAAUUUGCACAAGUAUGACGAGAACGGAAUUUCAGUCAAGAAUGAUGUGGUCUGCUACGGAUCGUUGGUAUAUUAUAUCGUCACAGAACGACGGCCUGAAUUUUCUAUAAGCAAACGGGGCGAUCUUUUUGGACCAGCAAUGAAGAAGCGGCUGCAGCAAGAUCUGUUAUUUUCUAGUUGGCUCCAGGACAGUACGACCCCUCCUGAAGCAGACCAAGUUAUCUGUGAUGUGAUUUGGAACUGUUGGACAAGGGGCAAGUACAGGGCUAUGGACAGCGUAUGUCGUGCUAUGUCUCGCUUCGACAGGCUGCAUCUGAUUAUGGAUUCUAUCAGCGUUCGGUUGCCAUGUCUAAUACGCCAGUAUCCCUUAGUUUUUGCCUUUGCAAUUUUCGGUUCUCUUGCGUUUGCUACAACCUGGCUACGACCAGACUCCCCGAGACGUAUGCUGUGUAGGAUACCCCUUUCUGAUCUGACGAGUUCAUUGAGGCGUGGCUGGUUUUGACAUAUUUGUUACUGAGGAUCAAGCAGCCUCUCAAAUAACUGUUCGUGUACUGCGACUUGACCAUCCCUAAUACAUUAUCAGAGACUGGUUUUUGCUAGUCGAUCCCUCCCUCAAUCCAAUCCAGGACAUUGUCAAUAUCUAGGGUAAUUAGUAGUAAGGUUCAAGGA